AUGGGGCAGGGAUGGUCCCAUAAACGCAUGCCCAGCGGUGGAGACUUUUACGGGGGACCAAUUUACGCGACCAGCCUAAGCCACGAUCGACAGACAGAAGUACGUGUAAGCGGAGACUCCGACACAGUGCAGAUUGGCCCACGCGCGCAACUACCAUAUCUGGACAUGCCUCCGUGUCGCAAGCAAGAUUUUUUUCGACAGUUAGGUCUGGUAGUAAAGACCCGAGGCAGCCGUAUUACGCAAAAUGCGGAAAUUGUAAUCGCUGACUACUAUAGACUGGAUGGUAAGCGAUUUGUGCCGCGUAAUCAUGGACAGGGUUUGCAGCCCACAAAUUGGCAUGGACUGAAAGGUCCAGCGGAGGCAAGCUGUGGCUUACGCGUCGGAGAUACACUUUAUGCCAUCAACCACCGACUGGUAAUGAACAAAUCGAAAGGACAGAUUCUGAGGCAGAUCAACUCGUUGCUCGAGAAGGGUGAUGGUUCGAUUGUGGUUCUUACAUGGAAGCAUACGGAUGAGAUUGAGAUCGUUUCGUGGGAGAAUGAGCUUUGCAUGCCACCUCCUGAGGGCGUCUUUACACAAUUGGAUAAUGAGUGGGGGCCUGCCCGGCCUAGCAAGAUCUCCUCUGUCUCCAUUUAG